GUUGCUUGCUUAUUUUGUUUUUAUAUUUUAUGUGAGUGUGAAGACGGAUCAAAAUCUUCAAACCGAUUAUAUGUUUAAUGUGGUUACAACCAAUGCAGCACUAAAUAUAUUAAGACUCUCUAAGCAUCGCCUCUCUGCUUAG